GAGCCAGAAGCAGAAGCUCUGGGACAGUCCUCUUCCCUGGUGAGUGUCAGACGCCUUGGGCUGGGACUGAGGUGGUUCCUAGAGGGGCUUGAGGUGACACUCGCCUGUGUUUCAUGUACAGGCACGGAGGCCACUCUUAACAGUCUGGAGGAGGGGCGCUGAGCCAUGGCUGCCCCGGAUGUGAGUGUGCACAUGGAGGAGGUGGUGGUGGUCACGACGCCCGACACCGCCGUCGAUGGCAGUGGUGUGGAGGAGGUGAAGACCGUGCUCGUCACGACCAACCUGGCCCCCCACGGGGCCGACCUGACGGAGGACAGCAUGGAGACGGAGAACGCGGCAGCCGCUGCGGCCGCAGCCUUCACUGCCUCGUCCCAGCUCAAGGAGGCCGUUUUGGUGAAGGUUGCUGAAGAGGAGGGGAGCCUGGAGGCUGAGGUGGUGUACCCUAUCACCUGUGGGGACAGCAGAGCCAACCUGAUCUGGAGGAAGUUUGUGUGCCCGGGCAUCAAUGUCAAGUGCGUCCAGUAUGACGAGCAUGUCAUCAGCCCAAAGGAGUUCGUCCACCUGGCUGGCAAAUCCACCCUGAAGGAUUGGAAGCGGGCCAUCCGCAUGAACGGCAUCAUGCUCCGGAAGAUCAUGGACUCUGGGGAGCUGGACUUCUACCAGCAUGACAAGGUCUGCUCCAACACCUGCCGCAGCACCAAGAUCGACCUGUCGGGUGCCCGAGUGUCCCUGAGCAGCCCCACGGCAGCCGAGUACCUCCCCCUCACGCCGGCCACAGCAGACGUUAACGGUGCACCUGCAACCUUCACCAUCGAGGCCUGUGAGGACCCUGGGGACUGGACCACGGCCAUUGGGGAGGACACUUUCGCCUUCUGGCGGGGCCUGAAGGAUGCCGGGCUCCUGGACGAGGUCAUCCAGGAGUUCCACCAGGAUCUGGCGGGGACCAUGAAAGGCCUGCAGCAGCGUGGCCAGGAACCCCCGCUGCAGCUGCGAGAUGCGAUUCUCCUCAACAACGUGGUGCAGAACUUUGGUAUGCUGGACCUGGUCAAGAAGGUGCUGGCCAGCCACAAGUGCCAGAUGGACCGCUCCCGGGAGCAGUAUGCACGUGACCUGGCAGCCCUGGAGCAGCAGUGUGAUGAACACCGGAAGCGAGCCAAGGAGCUGAAGCACAAAUCCCAGCACCUGAGCAACGUGCUCAUGACGCUGACACCCGUGUCCCUGCCGCCGCCUGUGAAGCGCCCUCGACUGGCACGGGCCACGUCAGGGCCAGCCGCCAUGGCCUCCCAGGUGUUGGCGCCAUCCACACAGAUUGCCCUCACCCAGGGUGUGCCCGUUUCCCAGCUGGCCAGCAUGCCCCUCAGCAAAGUGAUGUCGGCUCUGCCGGCCCCCGCCCUGAGCAAGGGGCCCCCUCAGGCCCCGCCGGCCAGCGCCCCUGCCUCCCCGCUGCUGGGGGGCUACACGGUGCUGGCUUCCUCGGGCACUCCCUUCCCUGGUGCUGUGGAGGUGCACCCGGAUGCGCCAAGCCUGACAGUGCUGAGCACAGCCGCCCUGCAGGACGGCAGCACUCUGGUCAAGGUGGUGAGCCCACUGCAGCUGCUGACACUGCCCAGCCUGGGCCCUGCUGUGCAGAACGUGGCCCAGCUGUCCCCUGGGGCUGUGGCCACGCCGGGGACUGAGGAGCACACAACCACCAUCGAAGUGGCUGCAGUGGCAGAAGACCAUGAGCAGAAGUAGCAGAGACGGCGAGGCCUCUGGGAGUCGUCCGCUCGGCUGCCUCUCCUAGGCCCAGGCUGGGGGCUCGGCAGAGGGCCCCAGGGGCUGCUGAACCAAAGAGGAGAGUCUCAGGCAGAGAAGGGCACACAGCUGCCUGUUCACUCGGCCUAUAGGCUGCUGCCACCCCUCUCUGGGUAAACAGGUGUUUCCACCUGUGGCUUGUUGAUGUUGUUUACAUAUGGACCUGAGCAGGAGGGUGGGCUGGGGUGUGGGGCCCCCUGCUCCCCGGUCAGCAGCGUGCCCCGCGGGCCCCGUGGGAUCCGAGUCGGUCAGGGAGGACUUGAUGACGUGUCUUGGGAACAAGCCCAAGUGUCUGCAUUGGAUCCUGUGGAUUCGGUCCUCCAAUCUGUCGGCAGCAGGGGGCAGCCUGGCUGCGCCUUCCACCUGCACACACUUCUCUGCACACCCACUCCACUCGGUUUCCCAUGAAUCACUUAGGCUGGUACAUCUAGUCAAAUGUAUGCAUUUUCAACCGAAACGAGGCUGAAUACCUGUCCAGCCCUCAUUCUGGCUUCAGGAGCAGCCCUGGAAUCUGGGCCUUCAGGUGCUGGCAUGGCUCCAUCCACCCACAGCCCUGGCCUGGGCCUCCUAGCCUGAGGUCACGAGCAGAGAUGGCGUGGUGGAGGAUUCUGGGAGAUACAGCACCUUGGAGCCCCAGGACAGCUGUGGGUCUACCCUGGCCACUGCUCAGGGUCCCUGUUUUCAGGAUGUACUGCUGUGAGGUCCAGCCCCUGGGCUGGGGGGGAUACAGGCUGGUUGGUGGCAGGAUCUGUGUGUGGGGCUCCUGAGAGGUCAAGGUGGGGACUGAGUCGCCCACACAGAGCCUCACCCUGGCUUUGCAGGGCCUUGCUGACAGGCAGUGGCUACAGGCAUUUCCUACUGCCCACACAGUCUAGAGCCAUCGUCCCUCCAUCCGUUCAUCUUCCCACCUGCCGAGAACCCUGUGCCCAUGCAGCCUGCCCUGUGACCUGAAGGCCCCACCCCACAGCGAGCUACUGAAGGUGCAUCGUCCUUCACUGUGUCAGGCGGUAUGGACUUGACCAUGUACAUACUCAUUCCUGAGACUCAGCUUGACUCCAUAGUCCCGCUCCUCAGACAGCCCCCAGUCUCGGGCGCCUGCCCCAAGACAUCCUAGUCACACCCCUGGGUCUUGGUGGCCCCUCCUGACCAGCCCUAACUCCAAGUCUGCUGAAGCAUCCAUCAAGAAGGCGUGGGCCUGGUGGCCCUCAUCGGAAGCUGCCUGUAUUCCCUCCCGCCUCUGUCCUCACUCAGAGUCCAGGCUGCCCUGGGUGGGCAGGGGCCUUUCAGUACAGAGGGCAGCAGGCACCCAAGGUCACUUUGUAUUUGGUUUCAAGUAAAUACAUCUUUUCCUAAA